AGGCACUUUACUCUGUGACUAUGGGUGACAAUGGGCAGGCUGGCACUCACACUUAUCAAUCCCUAGCGGACAACUGCCCCUUUGGAUCUGUGGAGCCACCCAAAAGACCCACAGGGAGACUCAUCAUGCAUAGCAUGGCCAUGUUUGGCCGGGAGUUUUGCUACGCAGUGGAGGCGGCGUAUGUGACCCCAGUCCUGCUCAGCGUGGGGCUUCCCAAGAGCCUGUACAGCAUGGUGUGGCUCCUGAGCCCGGUGCUGGGAUUCCUGCUGCAACCCGUGGUGGGAUCGGCCAGUGACCACUGCCAGUCCAGGUGGGGCCGUCGCAGACCUUACAUCCUCACGCUGGGCACCAUGAUGCUCCUGGGCAUGGCCCUCUACCUCAAUGGAGAUGCUGUUGUGUCAGCUUUGAUUGCUAACCCAAGGAAGAAGCUGGUGUGGGCCAUAACCAUCACCAUGAUAGGUGUGGUUCUCUUUGAUUUUGCUGCUGACUUCAUUGAUGGGCCCAUCAAAGCCUACUUAUUUGAUGUCUGCUCCCAUCAGGACAAGGAGAAGGGCCUCCAUUACCAUGCCCUCUUUACAGGUUUUGGAGGUGCCCUGGGUUAUCUCUUGGGUGCCAUAGACUGGGCCCAUCUGGAGCUGGGAAGACUGCUGGGCACAGAAUUCCAGGUCAUGUUCUUCUUCUCUGCCUUGAUGCUCACUCUGAGCCUUAUUAUGCAUCUAUGCAGCAUCCCCGAAGCCUCUCUUAGAGAUGUUGCAAAAGAUAUUGUCCCACAGCAACUCUCCAGGGAUCCUCCACUGUCAUCAGAUGGGAUGCAUGAGUAUGGCUCUAUUGAGAAAGUUAGAAAUGGUUCUGUAAACCCAGAGCUGGUAGUGUGCAGAGGGAAAAUCAAAAAACGCGCCAAGCAGACUCGGAAGGCAAUGACCAUGAGGUCACUUCUGAGGGCACUGGUCCACAUGCCUCCCCACUACCGCUACCUUUGUGUCAGCCACCUCAUUGGGUGGACUGCCUUCUUGUCCAACAUGCUCUUCUUCACAGAUUUCAUGGGUCAGAUUGUAUAUCAUGGAGAUCCUUAUAGCAUGCACAACUCCACCGAAUUUCUCAUCUAUGAAAGAGGAGUGGAGGUUGGAUGUUGGGGAUUGUGCAUCAACUCCGUGUUUUCUUCACUUUAUUCUUACUUUCAGAAAGCUUUGGUGUCCUACAUUGGAUUAAAGGGGCUUUACUUCAUGGGGUAUUUGCUGUUUGGCCUGGGGACAGGAUUCAUUGGACUUUUCCCCAACGUCUACUCUACCCUGGUCCUAUGUGCCUCGUUUGGUGUAAUGUCCAGCACUCUGUACACUGUGCCCUUUAACCUCCUCGCUGAGUAUCACCAAGAGGAAGAGAAGGAGAGGCAGCAGGUCCAGGGAAGGGGCCUGGACAGCAGUGGACGAGGCAAGGGCGUGGACUGCGCUGCCCUCACCUGCAUGAUACAGCUGGCUCAGAUCCUGGUCGGAGGUGGUCUGGGCUUUCUGGUCAACAUGGCAGGGAGCGUCAUUGUUGUGGUAAUCACAGCCUCUGCAGUGGCUCUGAUUGGCUCUUGCUUUGUGGCACUUUUUGUUAGAUAUGUGGAUUAGUUCAAUAAAGAGA